AUGAACUGGCCUGCAAGAAGUCCGGAUCUUAAAACAAUAGAGCAUGUAUGGGACAUAGUGAAAGAGUGUUCGCACCAGAGAUCCAGCACAUGCAGCAUGGCGCAACUGGAAGGCACCGUAACAAAAUGGGCAACAUCCCUUCAGAACACCUCCAACAUCUUGUUAAAGGAAUGGAAAGACGUUUCCAAGUCGUUAAAAAUGAGAGUGCUACAAACAGUACCUGCUUGGGAAAACGACAAUUGGAGUGACCAGCCAUGCCCCACAAUUUCGGAAGUCCCCCUAGGAUGGACAACUGCAGUCGUUAAAAAUGAUUUGACCAAACCUUUCCCAGACUGCUGCCCUACUCUCGAACCUCUAUUCAGAGAUAUCUGGGAUACUAAAAACUAUCCGAAGACCAAUGUACUCAUCGAGAUCAGCUACAAGGAUCAGUACUGGGUACAGUACGGGAACGAUUUGUCACCCCUUGACACAGUCACAGCUCCCGAUGUGAACUAUGCAGCAGAUCCCACAAGUUGGUACACCCUCAUCAUGGUGGACAUUGGACUACAAUAA